CCUUGUUCAUCGUCGGAUUACACGUCACAAACUGUGACUUUGCCUCAUGCUCUUUAUAUGCGAGAGAGUUUUAGAGCACUGUUCAUGAUCAAGGCCUCGGCUGAAGCUUCUCGUUCUCAGACUGUUACUUUGCCUCAAGCUCUUUAUAACUCCCUCGCCAACUUCAUCUUCAACCUCUUUCCUUGAUCUCCAUGUGGAGCUGAGGAUGUCACUUUGAUUGAGUUUGAACAAAAUGGUUUCCCUGUCCAAGAUCUUGUACCCGAAUUCUGGUAGCGUUCUAUUUGAUGAGGACAUGAAUGUGGCUUCAUUUCAAGGCUUGUAUGGUGCAAUUGGCAGCCUAGUGAUCAUGGCAUGGAACCGAAAAGCAAACAUAGGUAGCCAAGAAAUGCAUCAAUAUUUGAACUUCCUUCACGUAGUUCAAGCCAUGGAUGUGCCUGCAGUUAGCUUGCAUUAUUGUUCUCGGGAACUUAUCUCGACUGCAACAUUCAAGCCAUGCAAUAUUAUGCUCCUCUUGUUCUGUCAGCGUGAAUGGGAAGGGCGGUGGCUGCGGAGGUGGUGGUUGGAGGAGGUAAUUAAGGUCAAGGAGUGUGGGCUAAAAACAGGAGAUGUCAGGUUGGAGAACCCAUGUGCACCAUGGCUUGUUGUGCUCUUUAAUAUUUGGUGCCACAUUUGCCAGGCUUUGGCUGAAGGACAGAAGGCAGCACUUCUGAUGGUGAGCACAUGCGAAGCAAGAGUUGCAGCUUGGAUUCUAUUCUCAGCAGCUUUUCGUCGAACACCACACCUGCAUACCCAUCAAGCACUCUUCCGAAAGGGUCCACGCCGAUAAUGAUAUGUACUUGAUGGCUUCUAUUGAUGUCCUCUAUGAUCAUGAUGAUAAUGAUUAAGAUCAUGAUCAAAGUCCCAUGGAUCUUCUGGUGUGGAACACCAGGAUCUCUUAAAUAGUUACUCUGUUCCACUGAAGAGUUCCCCUUUACAACUUCAAGUCUUUGGUGAUCAUGUGUGUUUUGUUAAUGCACCUGAUCACACAGUCUGCCCCUAUUUUGCCUGAAAUAUCAGGAGCAAAUGUGGUGGCAGUCUUGUAUAUUUCCUAUUAUGUUAUGGCUUUUGUGAGCAAGAAUGAUCAGUUUGAUUUCGUGCUUUAAUAAUUUGCACAAUAUAUUUGUGUACUUUUUAAA